CUUUCACAAGGAAAAGAAAAUGCAAGAAAGGGCAAAACCUCGACAGCAAUUAUGUAUGGUCGAGGUUUUAUGUCCGGUUGGUUGGACGUCUUAUCUUAUUCUCUGCAAACAAAAGUAAGCUAAGAUUUGUAACUAGCUGAGGCAGUUACACCACUUCGCAGUCCACAGAUAGAAAAGCAACAUGAGGGCGGGAGUGGUGGGAGUGGUGCACAGAACUCCUUGUGCUACCUCACUCCCUCUUCGCCACGUUAGAGCCAGGGCAACAUGUUCUUCUUCCUCCGGCCAUAUAUCAUUCAUUAAGGAUGUAGCUGCCACUCGACCACCUGAGAAUCUUCAUCACUUGCUUAAAGUGCUUCAAACUAGAGGCGAAAGCAUAUGUUCUCCAGGAUCAAGGCAUGGGUUAAUCCCCCUUGCCAUUCCUCUUUCAGAAAAUUUGUCAGGUGCUGUAACUGCUUUGCUGCGGUGGCCAACAGCUCCACCUGGAAUGGAGAUGCCAGUUGUGGAAGUUCGCAAGCAUGGGGUGUGGCUUUUAGCCAACAAUGUUGAUCAGUUUAUUCAUCGACUCCUAGUUGAGGAAGAUGCCAAUAAAUUACAUGGAAGUAAUGGUGAAUUAUUUCAUGCUUCAUCUGACGCUGGCCAAAACCUCUAUACAAGGGGUGAUUUUGCUGAAUCACAGAUCUCUAGUCUUGAUGUGUAUAUCUUAAAAAAGGUUGGGCUGUUUCCAGAUGUUUUGGAGCGUAAGGUUGUGCGACAUUUUGAGGAAGGGGAUCAAGUUUCAGCUUUGGUGACAGGGGAAUUCUAUACAAAGAAGGACCUCUUUCCAGGAUUUGGAAGGCCUUUUGUAUUUAACGCAGAGGUUUUACUUAAAGUAGGGCGUACAUCAGAAGCAAAAGAUUCUGCAAGGGUGGCUUUGAAAUCACCAUGGUGGACUCUAGGCUGUGCAUAUCAGGAUGUUGCCGGCAUUGCACGAUGGGAGGAUGAGCAAAUUGAAUACAUCAAAGAGAAGGUGACAGAGGAAGGUAGACAAGAAGACCUGAAGAAGGGGAAGGCUCCUGCCCAGGUUGCAUUGGAUGAGGCUGCUUUUCUGUUGGAUUUAGCUUCUAUUGAGGGAACCUGGGGUGACUAUGUGGACCGCAUUGCAGAAUGUUACAAAGAGGCUGGUCUCAAUGAAAUUGCAGAUUUUAUUUUGUAUAGAGAUUGAUGAGUAGCGAGAAACCAAUGGUCAAGAAGUUGACUGUUGCCAAAUGUUGAAUGACUUUAUUCAGAUAGAGGAGAAUAAUAUGUUUUUUUUUUUUUUUUUUGAGAAACCAUUGUUGUAUAGAGUGAGACUGGGAAAGCAUCCUAAUGUUCUCAA